AUGAAGCUGAUACCCUCCUUCAUCUGCCUGCUGGCCACAACGGCUGCAAUGACAGUGAAGGACCGCCUCGAAGCCAGGAGACUACCAGACCAUUCUAUCAUUGGCGAGAAUCUUGACGGCCUCCCUGAUUGCUACGCAAGCGACCCCAUCCCCAACAAAGCCCCUCCUCAACUACCAUCACCCUUUGCGAAUGCUGACCGUCUUCCUUUCUCGCAGAAACAAUGCAUGAUCGAAAAAGCCAACGUCGUCAAGAACCUUCCGAUCCUUAAACUAAAUGUGAAAGACUUCUGCGACAUGCCAAAUUGGAUCCGAGUCGGGAGCUGGGUUGACUGGCACUACUUUCCUUGCGUUGACAAAAAGUGCCCAUGGCCUAGGAAAGAGUCUAAGAAGCAGUCUGCAGCAUGGUUCAAGAACACCUGCGGCUGGGUCGGUUGA